UCCAUGCCCGCCCUCCGCCGCAGUAAGCGUUUAUACUUCGCUCGGAUCGCCCGACCCGUUUCGAAUUUCGAACUUCUCACCGACACUCAUUUGUUUUUCGAUUUAAAUUCGAAUUCGCGUGUUCGGAAUUCAGAGGAACUUAUUCUUUUUAUUUGCAAUUUGCGUUUUGUUUUUGCUUUAAAAAUAGAACGUUUCGUAAAAAUGACUGAAUUGGGAGGUGCAUCUUGAUAGGGCGAGUUUGGAUGCAGUUGGUGUUUUAGUGAUGGAGCUAGGUGUAUUGUUUUUGUGUGAGCCAUGAGGGUUUGUUUUGGAUUGUGGAUACUGAUCACGGCGACAUGACGGCACAAGAGAGAUCGAAUAUUUUUUCGGACGACGACGAGGACUUGCGGCCCAGGCAGCAAAGCCUAGGCGGUGUGCUGAGGCGCGAGGGUAACUGGAAGUGCUUCCUGCUGACGCUUAUGAUCGCGGGCUGCCUUGGAUCAGUCGUGUGGUGCAACACCGCUGAGAUUGACCGGGACCUUAUUGAUUUGGACUCUUUCGUCUACCUCAGGAACCCGAUCAAGAGGACAGUUCGCGAAUCACCGUGUGACGUCGGCUAUGCGUAUAUACCCAUCGCAUUUGUCCUGCUUCUCUACUUGGUGUACCUGGUGGAAUGUUACCACAGCACGGCCAGGAUUCAGCUGGCAAGAAGGGUAGAUGUCGCCGCCGUCAACGCCAGAGUUCAUUCUAUGAGGACAGCUACGCCGAGAGUUUGGUGGAAAGCAAUAUGCUACCAUUACGUGAGACGAAAACGGCAAGUCACGCGAUAUCGGAACGGUGACGCGUAUACUACAACGCAGGUAUACUACGAACGAGUGAACACGCACAGCGCGAGUACAUCGUUCGCGCACGCGUGUUGCGGGCAACGCGAUGCCUCCAGGAACUUGGUCCUCGACAUAAAAACACCAAUCACUAAAGUCCGUUUCAGUAAAGGUUUCGCUUUCGCAAACAUCGAAGCUGCCAGUGAAUUUGAAGACCAAAGAUCGAGGUUCUUUGCUGAACAUGAACGGUUUGAUGAUUUCAUGGAAAUGCGAGAAGGACUUGAUUUAAUUGGAGUCAGUUCUUUCAAAGAAUAUAUGGUGGCUUACAGGGAAGCCGAUCGGUGUCCCUGGUAUUCCUCACAAUUGCUCUUCUGGACGCUAUCCUGCCUUUUACUCUCUUGGCCUCUACGAAUCCUCAUAGAGUGCAAUACAGCUUAUGUACAUUAUACAAUAACAAAAAUAUUUGGUACAAACUACGAGUUAGAUCCCAGUAGACAGCUAGAUCUUGACACACAUCUAUCAGAUACGUUACCACCGGUGACAGCCACCAACUACGCAUGGGCUCUCGCCGACGAGCAAAGUGCCGUCCUCUGUUCAGCUCCCCGUCCAUCCAGAACCCUCCCUCUAUCACAUGCGUCUACUGUAGAUAGCCUCGAACUAUUUGCUGCCAUAAGAGGCAACUGUGCCUUAGUACCAUCUUAUUCUGAAGCAAUGCGGAUUGACGCCGCUUUGAGAGAGGAACCACCUGAAAAUAGCACUUCUAACAACGGUGUAUUAAUAGAUAUCGAACCGCAAAAUAGACCAAAUCGACCGACCAUGAAAGCUGCCUCUUUUGAUGAACCUCCACGAAGACAUAGGGUUACUAUAGCAAGCACACACUCGAGUAAUAGCAUUGCAACAACUGCUAGAUGUAACGAAGCAAAACAGCAAAAUAGACGAUCUUGGGCGGGAGUACUUACGACAGCUAGAAGUGCUAGACAAAUUAUUGAAGACAUCAGAACGUCCAAUCCAGUGAAUUACCAACCUAUGCCAGAAUCCCAAGCUAGAAGAGAAGGGGAAGGUACUCUGUAUUAUUCCAGGGAAUUGUCCCCUACAUGUUCUAGAGAUCCUUUUGGUGGUCGUGCACAAACUACACCUACAGAUGAGCCACCAUCAUAUGAAGAAGCCUUGAGACUUCCAGCCUUGAGAAAGCUCACCAGAUCUAUAACUGGAACCGAUAUAGCAGGAUCUAGAAGGGCCUUCCUAAGAGAUGUGCUUGCAAACAGAAGAUCAUGUUUAGAAGGUGUCGGGGUGUUGUCAGAAGCUAAGGUGGUAAGAUUACCCCGCAGCGAUUCAGGUGACGAGACCCCUCUAUAGCAAUUCUGCAGUAGUGCUGCAGACUUUUAUGGUGCAAUAAAAUAUAUAGUUUAGUGUUCGUGUAGAAAUACGUGGUCGUUUGUGAGAUAUUGAGGCCAUGCAGUGAGAUUACUUUUUUAAUAUUACAUUAUACAAGAUGCUUUGGAAUUGUCUUAUAUUCUGAAGAUGAGCUUGAGCAAUUAUUAGUAUUCGAUAAUGAUUAAGUAAAAAUUAACGUCUACCUAUAAAUUGAUAGUUCGAAAUAUUAAAUAUAAUGUAUAAAUGUAAUUUUAUGAUUGACGCGAGGAAUAUUUUGUUAUUGCCGUAUUUUUACUUAUGUAAAAAUAUGCAAUUUGAUACUAAAUAAAAACGAACUGUAAUUUAAAAAUUAAAAGGUACUUUUAAUUUUUUAUCGCAUCCAAUUUUAUUAUAUAUAUAAAAAAUAUUAAUUUUUAGUCAAUGUUCAAUCCCCUCAAUUUUGUUAGAGUGUCCUGGGUGUUUAUAAUUUACCGUAGUGAGACACGAUAUCAUACAAUUUAUCGUCGUAAACAAUAUCUAAUAGGAGAUUAAAAUGUUGGCAAAUAUAACACUUUUAAUUUUUAGUCUCUACGAGUAUAUCGUGAACAUGUGCGGAAAUUUAAAAGUGUCUUCUUAUUAUUAAUAAAAUAACGUAAUGAUAUUAAGCUAUAUUACGGUAAAUUAUAAUAACGUCCAAAAGUCCCCUAAAAUAUGUGGGUAUUAAUUGUAUACUUACUUUUAAUGAAAAUUUCUUUUGGCAAUAAAUAUAUUCACCUAUACAUAUAAAUAAGACUAUAGUAGAUUCUGAGUGACAGUCGCGUACCACAAAAGUACAUUAAAUUUGAUUAUUCGUUACGUUUCUAUUUGAGGAGGGACCAGAGGGAAUAAAAAAGGCUACUUUAUUCGAGGGGACAAGAUGGGUCUUUUGUUGGCAUUUUGGAUAAUAUACUAAUAGAUUUGUAAGUAAGUACCUAUAUUAUUUAGGUAUAAGGCAGUGCCUUGUAUCCUCGUUUAGAUAUAGAGCAACCAAAAUAGAAUUAUAAUAUUCGUAUCCACACUUAUAGUGGCGCUUUAAUACCUAUUUAUGUGACAUUAAAACAUAUUUUAUUAAUAUUGCAUUUUUUUAAUGAGAUAAUGAUAUUUUCAAUAUAAAUUUACGCAAUUUAUUCUGAAUACUGCUGCAUUUUCUUUUAGUGUCAGUCAAAAAACAAAACGUUUUAAAGUACUAUAACAAUAUUAUUUAUAUAUAAUUAGAUAAAAUCGGUUGUAAUAUUAAAAUGUGGCUGCAGACUUUGUAGUAGGUUUAAAUUGUCAACGAUAACAUGGCACGCCCUCCAAAAUCUAAACAAUUCAAAAUGUGUGAGUAAAAAUAUUUACAAGGUUUCUAUCAAGGAAUAUAAAUAAAAUUUCUCUGGCAACCGACUUGCUCCCCGCUCCACUACUGAAGAUGUUUCCACACAAACGUAAACAGAGCACCGCGUCUGUAUACGGUCCCAAAAAUUGAAGUAAAAUGUUGGAGGGGCGUACCAUAUUAAUGUAGAUAUUUUAUACCAUAAAUUACGCGGGCUUUUAUAAUUUACCGUAAUGGGGUAUAUUAUUCUACAGUAAAUUAUAAAAGAUACAAUACUAUAAUAUUUACCGUCACGAUAUAAUAUGACAGGAAAUGUAUUCAAUAAUAAUAUACCGAGAUGUAUUUGUAACUUUGCGCCAAUAUCGUGGAUGACGUUGCGUACAUUUUGUACAACCAUUAUCGUGACGGUAAAUCAGUAUGAUAUCGUGACAUGCAACGGUGAAAUACAGAAGCGCCCUAUGGGUAACAAUAUAUUUAAGGUAAACCGGUGCACAUUUUUAAUUAAUAGUAGAUAAAUAGGUACUUAGUACUUACAUUAUAAGAUUCAAAUCUCUAAAACUGGUUUAAUACUGAACUGUCGAUAUUAUAGACAGUUACCUUAAAAUAUUACGAUCUUGUCGCCAUAGUGAUAAAACACAUUAUGUACCUCCAGAUGGUCGUAGGUUCAAUCCCUGCACAACAUAAAUAUUUAUACCGGUAAUGAUCUGAGUAUUUUCUAGGCAUGGGUAAUAUCGAUAUCAGUGCGACAUUUAUAUAUUGGGUUUUUCUGGAUAUUGACGGUGGAAAAGAGUUCUUUAUUUUUUUCGAUAUCACCCAUACCAGUCUAUAUCAUUUCUAUAUUAUUUUCGACAGGAUUCUUCAGUUUGAUAUUAUAUAUUGCAUAAUCGCCAUUUAAUAUGUAUCUGUUAUAUAUAGAUACGAUAUAUCUAUUAGAUAUAGGGCGAAUAUAUAGAUACUGUAACAACAAUAUAUAGAUAUUACUAUAUAUAACCCAACCCUAGUAUUUUUUCCAUAUAAUUUGUAUGAAUUUGCAUUUAUAUAUAUUUAAGUAUUAAUUAGAAACAAAAUUAUAUAUAUAUAUAUAUAUAUAUAUUAAAUAUAUAUAUAUAUUCAAAUUAUAAUCUAUUUAUUAUAUACACACCUUUUAUACACUAUAAGUAUCAAAAAUAAAACCUUAAAAAAAUUACUUAAAAAUAGAAAAUAUCUUUGAGACCUGUAUCAUUUGUCUUAAUACAAGCUCUGCUUAAUGUGUGAGAGAGAAGACGCAAUGAAAUAUUUUCAAUUAUAUUUAUGUUACUUAAACUGUAUUUGUAUAUAAUUUAAAGUCCAAUACAUUCAAUACUUAAUACCUACAUUAAUAUUACUCACCUCUAUUAAAUGAAACGUAAUUUAUAUUUAUAUAUAUAAGAUGUGAUUAUUAGACUUAUAAAUAACUCCGUACGCUUGUAAAUAAGAUUGUAACAAAUUGAUUAGUUACUCGUAACGUAUAAAGUGCCAAUAAAUUGUAAGAAUAAUUAAGAUAUAUAAAUAUAGAUGUAAUCAGGGAGGUUAUGCUUUAUAUUUAGCUUCGUGAAGUUAGAAAUGGAAUGUGCAGUAUCUUAUAAAUAUUAACCAACCAAAUUGGGAUGGUUUGAUAAAAUAUAUAAAGAGAAUAAUUAAUUAUGUUAUAAACGACAUCUUUCAUUCUUGGUUGGUUAGUAAUCUGCAAAUAGGUUCACAGUAGGCUCGAUUUUAACUAAAUAGUAAAUAGUUUUUUUUUUUUACAAAUCUAAAGUGAUUGAAGUUUUCUAAUUAUUUAUUUUAUUACAAUUACAAAAAAUAAAUUGAAUGAAACUAAUGUAAUGCAGAUAUAUCAAUAUAAAUAUUUCUUUUUUGUACAAUAAAAUAAAAAUUCCAGCCUAAUGUGAACCCAUAAUUACUAGGUCGUGUAAGAACAAAUUUUUUUGGAAAGAUUUUAUAGGCUUGUAGCCUGAAAGUAGAAGAUAUAAUGUAAUAAGAAAUUUCAGUACGACAAGUUAUACGUUGACGAUCCGAUCAUAAAUUAAAGGACGAUACAUGAUACUUUUCAAUUUAUAUAGUAGUAUAAAUCAAAACUAAUUAAUUAACUAUUUCAUUUGUUAAUCAAUUUAACUCUUUAAAUAUUAAUAUAAUAAUUUCAACAAAACUUAGUUACCUUUUCAUUAAAUUGUUGAAAAAAAUUUAUUCCAUUUUUAGUUUAUUCAAAAUUGCAAUAAAUUCUUUAUUAAAAUUACCAGGACCCACAUUAUUUUUAUACACAUUAUUAUUAUUAUGAUUAUCUACCUAACCUACUUUUAUUUUUAUUCUUUAUUGUACACAAAAAAUAUGGUAUCAGAAUAAUAAUUAAACAUAAUAGUGCACUAGGGCCAGCUUAUGGCUAAAAGAGAUUUCUACCAGUAAACCCAAUAUGAGAUAAACUGACAGUUUAUUCGUAAUUACAGGCAUAUAUGUAUACCAAUCGACUUAAAAGUUAUGGUUAAAAAUAAAUAAAUAUAUACACUUUUUUUUGUAAAUUAGCCAGCAUAUGUAUCGUACUAGAAUGAAUGAAAUACUAGAAUGAGUCUAGAUGGUCAGCAAAUAUUCUUAAAAUAGUUUUUAUUUUUAAAUAUAUAAGGGUAUUUUCAAAUCCCAAUGCUAAUGGUUUACAUCGGGUUUUCCUUCCUUAGGAUAGUAUUAGAGUUGGCCCGGACCCUACGCAUCAGGGUUGUGCACCGUUUUUGCAUAAAAAUGAAUAAUAUUUAUGGAUUGUCAACGUUUAAUAGAUCUGCUAUGCUUGGCUCAUAAAUAAAUGAAGUAAUAUUAGUAAAUUAUAUAUUGUAACCGGCUUUACCGAAAUGUUGCCCAAACAACAUUACGAGUAUAAUUGUAAAAAUUAUGUGUACAUUAUUAAGUAGUUUACGCUAAAAAUUAAAUAUUUUUCAUUGUAAGACAAAGGAAGUUUAUUAUUUUCAAUAAACUAUGUUACGAAA